ACACAGGUCGCAUACGAAACUAGUUUGAACGUUCAAGUUCAUGGGCUCGAUAGUUUUCAUACACACCUGAAUCAUAUCUUUAAAGCGAAAAAAUUCUAAUUAGAAUUUAAUAAUCGUCCGAACUUCUCAUUGAAAUGAACAAUUUUGAGUUCGCUUUGUCUACGAAUGAAGAAGUAGUAAGCAAUACAAAAUCUCAUGAAGAAUUUGAUGUCGAGAUGAAUGAUGGUGACAUGCUUAACACUUACAAGUCGGACGAGAACUUGCCUUCGGGAGGGUAUGCAACAUAUCGGAGAGGACAUUAACAUUUAGAGGUGGCAAUUGGAUCGGAUUCGUGGAUUGGAUUGGUGGAUCCAUGGAUCCGAUGGAUUGGAUCAAAUGGAUUUGUGGAUUGAUCCAUGAAUCCUAGACCUGGCAAUCGGGUCACAAAAAAAUCUAGUUUUUGGGCGGUUUCGGGUCAGGUCAACGGGUCGGGUUGUAAUUUGCCAGGUCUAUUGAAUCCAAAUGACAUCCAAGGCUUGGACCAAAAUGUAAAUUUUGAAAAGUUUAAGUACUAAAAUAUCGUAAUGAAAAAUUUUAGGUACCAAAAUAGAAUUUUCCAAUGAUAUUUUUCGUAUACAAAUAUAAAUUUUAGGUACCAAAAUAUAAAAUAUAAAAAAUAUAGGUACCAAAUCGUAAUUUGCCAUUUGGAUCCAUUGAUUGAUCCAUAAAUCCACCAAUCCAAUUGGAUUUGGAUAAAAUGGAUUGGAUUUAAAUGAAUUGGAUUAAAUAGAUAAUUUGGUGGAUGGAUUGGAUUGGAUUCAUGGAUUUGGAUGUGAAUUGCCACCACUAUUCACAUUCCAUCUCGUCGGAAGCUGACAAGUAGGGCAGAUACCAUAUGAUGCACAUCUCAGCACAGCCGCCAGUAAUAUACCCUUAACAACACUCUGUCAAUUCUCUAACCAGCCGGCCGGUAGGUUUCCCCUUUGUUGUGUUUAGGUUUGUCUUGGAAGGGGCAACAAACAAGGCUGUGACCCGUUGCCGUUAUACCUGGUUGCCCAAUUCAGCCUAUUGAACAUCCAUCUGGUUGGCACGACAACGAUACCAUUGAAGAUUUCCUCAAUCCGACCAGACCAAGUGUUUAGGUUCAUUCAUAAUAUAGUAUAUAUAUACAGAUAUUAACAGACUUGCACAGAUAUACAAGUACAGUUAAACAUUUCCCUGGAAGAUUACACAGUCUAAAGCGAUGGCAGAAGUUACCGACGGCGGUCCAGGAAUCCUGAACGGCGACAUGAAUCAUCAUCCCUCCGUAACCAAGCAGGGUGCCGCUAGCCGCCGGAACAUAUCUCCCCGGCAGCGUGACUUCCUACGCCGCAUUGGUAGCCAGGAGCUCUUUUCCACUCCGAUGUGGAGAGCGGCGGUGACGGAGAUGGUGGCAACGGCGUGCCUCGUAUUCGCCCUCACAACCACACUCAUCUCCUGCUUCGAAUCGGGUCAAACCGACCCGAAAAUCCUCGUCCCGGUCUCCAUCUUCAUCUCCGGCUUCCCUCUGCUCCUCGCCACGAUCCCUCUCACCGGCGGCCACAUGAACCCGGUCUUCACCUUCGCCGUCGUCCUCAAAGGCGGUGUCUCCAUCGCCCGCGCCGUUGCCUACUUCGUCGCCCAGUGCCUCGGAUCACUGAUAGCCUUCGCCGUCGUCAAGGCCACGAUGGACCGCGCCACGGCGGAAAAGUACCAAUUGGGCGGCUGCGCCGUCAAUGGCGGCGGAUCCGGGGUCGGCGCCGGGACGGCCCUGGCGCUGGAAUUCACGUGCACUUUCAUUUUGCUGUUCGUGGCGAUGCCGAUUUUGGAAGAGCGGCGGCGGAGGGAGCUGGGCCUGCCGACGGUGUGCGCGGUGGCGGCGGUGGCGUACGGAAUGGUGGUUUAUGUUUCUAUUACGGUGACGGGCCGGCCCGGGUACGCUGGAGUGGGCUUGCACCCGGCCAGGUGUUGGGCUGCGGCUGUGCUGUUUAAGGGCUCGUUAUGGGAGGCCCAUCGGGUCUUUUGGGUUGGCCCGUUUUUGGCCUGUUUUGUUUAUCACGUGCUCAGUUUGGCUAUGCCGGAGGAGGAAUUGGAGAAGGGAGAUGAAAGUGAAGAUCAGGACCAUAAUGGUCACGUCGACAAAUUUCGAGGCGAUGGUUCGAAGGAAUUCAGAAUUAGUGAUUUUUAAGAAAGUGUGCACAAACAAGGGUUUGAUCUAAUCGUAAUAUAUGAUCAUUAGUCUUUAAUUUGGAGAUUUCAAAUACAAAUUUCUUAAUUAGUACUAAAGGACAAAAAGUAAACUUAUGUCACACUUAUAAAAAAAGUGUAUUGCAUAAUCAACGAGCUACCAUUUAGCAAUAGUGUUGAAAUUUCAAGGUGUUGUGUAACUAUAUACGUUAUUUAUUUGGUACUUAUAUAUUGGUAAUGAUCGUGGUAAUUUGUUUUGAGUAAAGAAAAGUAUACGUAUACUCUUAUCUGAAAAGAAAGUAAAAAUUAUUGAUCAAAUUCUUGAAUCGUUUGAUUUUUCGAGCAACUAUUAUUUGUAUUUUCAUUCCCUCAAAACAAUGAAAACAACAAAUUUUAGAUUACUCUCAGAAUAAUGAUGUUGACUGUAAUUUUAUCGUUGAGCCAUAUAUAACUUUUUACUCUGCAGUUCGCUAUCAAUUCUUAAGCGGUGUUGCUCGGAAAUAUGUUAAUAUACUGAUCAUAUUGUACUUAGCCAACACACUCCAUCAAUUCUUCCCCUUGCCACUUCUGGCCUAUGAUCUUAUGAUCAAUGUAUUCAUAUAUCUGUUUCCAGAAAGCUGGAAAGGUUCUCCAAUAUGUCUCCUUGUUUAUGUAUCCAAAUAUAAGGAAUUGGAAAGCUCGAUCUUAAAAGUGUCCAUUUUUAACUAACUGAUAACGGAAAAAACUAGAGUAGUAUCAUUAACUAGGGGAACGACUACGGUGCUAAUUGUACAAUAGUUAACACCGUCCUAACCAAGAGAAAAACUCUUACUAGUUUGAAUUAGUAGUGAUUUAGCUUAGAUGUUGUAUUGAUUUUAUAAUAAUCCGUAGUGAUUUCGUUAUUUUUAAUAGCGUUUUUUGCUAGUUAUCACGGUGCUAACCCCUAUAAGGGUUAGCACCUAAUCCCAUCCCAUCUAACUAGUGUGACCCCUACAACUCAUUUCGUAACGCUUUGCGCAUUUUCAUAACAACCAUUUGAAAACAUCCAAUUCAAUGUUUCAUUGUUUUGAAAUGGUGACGGUACGUAAUUUCUAACCCGAUUCGUGUGACUUAAUCUACCACGAUAUGUUUGGGAUGUGUAUUAUUCGACUCGCUGUAAUAUGGGGCGGGAUAUGAGUAUUGCUUCCGACCUACCUCAUCCAAUACUUGACGCAUUCUAUCGUAAUUUAAUUUGCAUCAAUAUCUACAUAUAUUUCUCCUCUUUUACCCUUUCUAUAAUAUACUUUCAUUUAAAAAAAAAAAAACUAGAAAACUCUAUUUUUCAACUAUUUUAAAUUCAGUUAUUCAUUCUACAUCAUUUCUCAUUCAUUUACGACGUAUUUUCUCUAUACAUUCUUGUAAAAAAAAUUUACAACUACAUUUUUUUUUAAAAUAACAUAAAUUAGUCAACAUGCACUGUCUUAUACCCGCAAGAACAUUACCCAAUCUACCACCUGAUUAGUACGUAUAGAUAUUGAGGUAACGACCCCAUUAUCAGCGACAGAUCCAGGGGGCCACGUCUCAACCCUCCCUUGGCUCUUGUAAAGUUUUGAUUUUACGUAUUCAUUUCAAUGCUCAUUGGGUUACGACUCAGUGAUCUCCGCCUCUUUUCACAUGUGGCCCAAAUGCUCUUUACUUUUCUGGAUCCGCCCACUGUCCAUUACCAUCACUCUCUUGAAACAUAUAGCUAUACAGCAAAUGAUCAAACCCAGGGGCGGAGCUAGGUGGUACUUCGGGUGGGCCCCGGCCCCCCCCGAGAUUUUUGAAAUCACGUACAAAAUUCUAUCGAGUUUUGAAGAAUUACGUAUAAAAUGAAGAUUAGUAUAAAUACAAACUGUGUGCAAUAAUGAAGCAUAUGAUUUGUG